AUGUGGUGGAACUCAUCCACUGACACAUUCACCUUCAAACUACCGACAAAACCCGGCGAAGAUUUACUCAGUGGUCGAUGUGUACCAACGAAGAGAGAGGUUGUUCGUGUACUGAUGAGCAUAUUCGAUCCAUUAGGCCUUCUUGGCAACAUCUUGAUGUACCUCAAAAUCUUGAUCCAGGAGGUCUGGCGUUCAGGGAUUGGCUGGGAUGAAGUGAUCACAUCUACGCAACUUGAAAAAUGGCGUACCUGGUUAGGAGUCAUCGAAAAGGUAGAAACAGUUUCAGUGCCAAGAUGUUACCGUCUAACUACUUCAUGCUCAACGCAAACAAACGUGCAGUUACACAUUUUCGUAGAUGCGAGCAUAAACGGUAUCGCUGCGGUCGCAUAUCUGCGGUUCGAAGAAAAUGAUAAAAUCGAAUGCGCUUUUGUUGCAGCUAAAACUCGUGUUGCGCCCAACAAACUGACGUCGAUUCCUCGACUCGAACUGCAAGCAGCUGUAGUUGGAGUUCGCUUAGCACGGACAGUAGCAGAGAGCCAUCGGAUAAAUAUCAACAAAAGAUUGUUCUGGACUGAUGCACGUGACGUUCUGUGUUGGUUACACUCUGACCAUAGACGAUUCAGUCCGUUCGUUGGUUUCCGGGUCGGCGAGAUUCUGGAGAACAGCGAACUAUCUGAAUGGCGAUGGGUACCCUCCAAAUUGAACCCUGCCGACGACGGGACCAAGUGGCAGCGAACUCCUGAUCUUUCCCAAAACAGCAGAUGGGUCCGCGGACAGGAUUUUAUCUGGGAAAAGCAGACGGAAUGGCCAGAAAUGCUAACACACAUUGGUACUACAACAUUGGAACAAAAACAUUCUGUUGGAUUACAUUGCGCUUCUGCCUCAGUCAUAGACUGCGAAAAAUUUUCGACUUGGAAGCGCCUUCUACGUCAUACGGCUCAGCUGAAGCGUUACGUUCGGAACCUCAAAACAACGAUAGAUGGAGCACCUCUCUCGCUCGGUGAGCUCACCAAAGAAGAACUAUUGGCGGCGGAAUCAUACCUGCAUCGAAUCGCACAGGAGUCCGUCUACCUCGAGAAAAUUGCCGCACUCACUAGAGCAGCUAACUGUGACGAUGCAUACAAGUACCAUUUACCUAAAAGCAGUUCCAUCUACCAACUAUCACCGUAUCUCGACAAUUUCGAUGUGAUGCGAAUGCGCGGAAGAACAGGUGCAUGUGAAUAUACCGAGCCGGACGCUAGCUGUCCCAUUAUUCUUCCACGGAAUCAUCAUGUUACGGAACUCAUCGUACGAUCUGUGCACUGGCAUUACCAUCACCUAAACCACGAGACGGUUGUGAACGAGAUUAGGCAAAAGUACAGAAUUCCGAAGCUGCGCCGUGUAUGUUACAAGAUUCGGAUGUCCUGUCAAACCUGA